CCUAGACACGAAGCUAUCGUGUGAAUGCUUACUUUUUACGAUCUGUCGUUCUCAAUCUCAAGAUCAGCUACUCCUAUAAACUGCAAGAGCCCAGUUUCUUAGAUUAGGGCAUACCGCAACCUCUCUUCUUGUUCUUCUUCUUCUUCUUGAGGAAGCCAUGGAGUCCCCUAAAAAGGCUAACAAGAUCAGCGAAGUGGUUCGACUACGGCAGCUCCUUAAGAAGUGGAGGAACUUUGCAAACUCGUUGAAAACCAAAACAGCCGCCAGUAUCAUGAGCCCGAACCACGGCGGCAUCCACGAGAGCAUCAGCUUCCUCAAAAGAACCAUCUCUUCUCUAUCAUCGUCAGACGACGGCAGCAACAAAAAGAAGCACAGCGGCGGCAACAGUAAAGUUGUCCCGAAAGUCUACCUCGCAGUCUGCGUCGGCGAAGAGCUCGAGAGGUUUGUCAUCCCAACACACUUCUUGGGCCACGCGGCGUUCGGGUUCUUGCUGCGAAAGGCAGAGGAGGAGUUCGGGUUUCAGCAGACAGGCGUCUUGAGGAUCCCGUGCAUCGUUCCGGUGUUCCAAAGUGUUGUGAAGAUGGUGGAGGGGAAGAAGAAGAACGUGGCAAACAAUGGCGAGUGCAGACGAGACGUGUGGAGGUCUCCUGUCGGACGGUGGUGAGAUGAGUCAUCGUCAUCUUCGUCACUCUCGGCAUCAUCCUUGGAGCCCUUUCGUCAGAUGAAUCGUCUUCCCCUCUGUGUUCUUGCUUAGGUCUUAUGUAUAUUAAACCAGAGAUGUUGCUUCUUAGGAGAUAUAGGCUAUACUCUAUAUUCUAUGUCAAUAGAUAAACAAAUACAGAAAGCAUAGAGAGAAGGGGAUGAGUAUUGACCAGUUUUGAAAUGGAGAUCUUGACCUUGUAAAUGUGGAGAUGCAUCUUAAACUUGCCCGGCUACGAUAACGGUACGAUCAUUCUUAGAGAUAACA